AGAUAGUGAAAGUGCAUUCGGAUUCUCUAAAGUACAGCAGUCUCUUCUCCUAAGUCCUUUUGAAUUCUCCUAUCCACUAUCCCUUAACCCCGUGACGUUUCACUCAGAGGUCAAGAAAUAGGAUAGGGUUAGAAUUUAGGAGGUGAUUUUUGGAUUAUCGGAACGCAACCCUGGUGCAUAUCUAUCCCUUCUAUUUCUAUGUCAGGCUCGUGAACACACUUCCUCGCAAGCGCGCGCCCAGCGCGUUCCUUUCCAUCCGCAAGCCCGAGGGUUAGCCUGUGUGUCCACGCUGAGCCGUUCCAUCAGAAAGAGAAAUGCCGACAAAAAUCAUCUUUGAGAGUGAAGAUCAAGUCAUGGAGGACGACGUGGACACUGUCGCGGAGGCUAAACCCAUCAAGAAGACCAAAGAGGGCAAGAAGCUGAAGAAGAAGCAGUUGGAGGACCAGGAAGAGCAGGAGGACCUCGACUGUGAACCUCCAGCACCAAAAAAGAAAAAGAAAAAAGACAAGUUGGACCAAUCGAUCGGACACGUAGUUGAAGACACAGGAAUGAACGGCAACUGUGAUGAUGUUGAAACACCAAAAAAGAUUAAGAAAAAAAAAACCCCUGAAGAAAUCACAGAGAAAAAAGAAAAGAAGCAUAAGAAAGCAGAGGCAGUAACCAACGGACAGUCCUCCCCCAACACCCCCGUCCAGACGCCCAUCCCGACACCGGCCCAUUCCAGCGACGACUCAGACAGCGAGAAAGACAUGGGGCUGACACCGCAGCAGAAGGCAGGCGCCUUCUCCAACUUCAGGAUCUCCCAAGUGACCAUUGAUAAACUAAAAGCUCGGGGUGUCACCUACCUGUUUGACAUUCAAUCAAAAACCUUUAAUUCUGUCUUUGAUGGAGAGGAUGUAAUUGCCCAAGCCCGAACAGGAACAGGAAAGACUUUCUCGUUUGCCGUCCCUUUGGUGGAGAAGCUCCAGAGAGACCCAGUGGAUUCUGCCAGAGGCCGGGCUCCCAAGGUCCUGGUGUUAACUCCAACAAGAGAGCUCGCUAUCCAGGUUGCUAAGGACUUCAAAGACGUCACCAAGAGACUUUCUCUUGCCUGUUUCUAUGGAGGCAGCUCGUACAAUCCACAGAGUAAGUUUUGUUCAUAA